UUACAUCGUAUAACUCUAGUAAAAAAAAAUUCAAAAUGAUGAUUGUAACUAUAUGGUGCCUUUAUUUGGUGUUGAACAUUUUAUAUUAUGCUCAGAAAGUUUCAUGUGAUAUUACAAUACAUGAUAUUCUUCAGAAUUUUGUUUACUCUGUGGAAAGUUUACAACUUAAUGGAGUCAGUAUUAAAUUUGAUGGCGUGAAUUUUAUAUCCUAUGAUAAAUUAAGACAGCAAGCAUAUCAAUCAGCAAUCGACUAUGUAAAUAAAGAUAAGAAACUUGAUGCACAUAAUUUCCUUGUAAAAUUUCAAGAAUAUUUGCCAGAUAUUAUUUACUGUAAGUAUUCGGAAAGAAUAACCGAUUUUAUUUAUUAUUUACAUCUCUUAAUGGAAGCAUGUGAAACAUAUAUAAAUAAUAGUUUAAUAGAUUCUCUUAACAAAUUUAUCCAAAAAUUGGUAGUAUUGGUAGUUUCUAUACAAGAAGGAGUUCAGUACGUUAGUCGACUUAGUUCUAGACAAAAAAACUUUCAACGAAUUCCACAAACAUUCAUUGACAAUCCACUUAAGUCAGGUCCAAUAGAAGUGGUUGGUAUUCAGAAUUACCUUGAUUAUGUAUUAUCUAUAUUAAGCAAAAAUGCAGAUAAUUAUAUGAAACGACAUUGUAGAUAUGCAAACGAAAAUAAUAUCCCAAAUUUGGAAAUUCUCGAUUUUUUAUUUGGUAAAAGACCUAAUGCAAAUGAAACUAAGUACGAAUUUAUAGCCAGGUAUACUGAUGAAUACUUUACUGAAACUAACAUUUUUAUGGCUCAUUUGAAUGAAAUUUAUCAAAAUCUUUUUGGUAAUAAUAAUCAAUAAAUG